UUUGGCAUUGGCAAAAUGCUGCUACUGUGUUCAGGGACAGGAACGAAAGACUUGCCUAGUACAACGUCCGAAGGUUGCCCUUGUCUCUCCUCUCUCUUCUUGGUACGUGGAUGUCAUGAGGGAAAAAGGUUCUAGAAACCCACACCCGAAGAAAUGAUGCCCACUGCAUGUUGGUUGGUAAAAUUUUUCUUUUCAGAAAAGCGACUUUUUUAAUCCAAAAGUUCUCGUCGGCAAAGUGACGAGAGGCAAUUUACUGUUGGUAUUUCUUCCGGGGAGGGACGGACAGCCCUGCGGAAUCCAACUGCGGACAGUUGUCUUGUGCUUUGCCUCCCCGAUCUUCCAUCGUCCUCUCUCUCUCUCUUUCACCCUCUCUAGACUUCGCAACUACAGUUUCCUUCUUUUUGUUCUUUCUUGAUCUCGCCAUUUCCGGGUUGGGGAUGUGUUUCUUCCACUCCCAGCUUUGAUAAUGGAGUGGACUACCCAAACAAAGAGGGUGGCACUGUAAUCUUCCACGAGGUCAAACCAGUUGUCUCCAAAAAGUUUCCACCAUUGUAGAUCGGAGAAGGGCACUAAGAGUCCUACGAAAUUAAGGUUUUUCAGCAGUAGAACAACCAAAUGAUGUUACUUUCUUGGAAAAUGAAAGCUCUUUUCUCUUGCUUUGAAUUUCGUUUUGCUUCUGGUGAUGAUUUCCCGAUUUGGGUCUUUUGGGCAAUUUGCAUUCCAUGUUCUGCUUCUUAGCUUUUCUUUCCCUCCCCUACUUGCUCAAUUCUUGAAAUUCUACAGGUAUUCGGUUCCUCCUCCAAUGUCUUUUUCCUCUUCUUUACUUAUUCGGAAGUAGUAUGGGUUGACACAAGUUUUUGAUCAGCAGAGCAGUGAUUUUUAGCUUUUUGAUGAGGUUUUUGUUUUGCAAAUUACAUUGUCCUUUCAUCUGCUUCUGCAAACCUGCUCCUCAUAUUUACACACCCGGACCCCUGAAAUUAGAAAAUGCCCCUCAUGUCCCUCCUUCCACAGUUGUCUCUUCUCCUGAUGCUUCUCAUCAGUUGUGUGCUCAGACCAACGAGGUCAAAGACGAUGGCAUAGUUGAGCAGCAGCAGCACCAACAACACGAUGUCGGUAAUUGUGUCAAGAGUAGUCUCAAGAAGUCGACUUCAGAGACCAGAGAGUCGAGGAAAAAGCAAGUCCAGUGGAUGGAUUUCGUGGGGAAAGAACUUGCUGAGGUCAGAGAAUUCGAGUCAAGUGAAAUAUACGAGAAUUAUAAAGACGGCGAGACGAGUAGAGGCUGCGUCUGUAUCAUUCUUUGAUCAGACUGGAGGGAUGAAAGAACAGUUCGAGCUUCUUGUCUCCACAUCGCGCCCCCUCCAUCAGCGAAAUAGUCAGUUCUCUGCGUCGGUACAGAAUUCCUGACCAAGUACCUUGCAGAAUCUCUAGCUCCGGAUUCAACACUUCAUGAUGAGAAAUCGGUCUCGCAGAUCUAGGCACUUGGUCCACGAAAGUUCAUCUGAAGUAUGUUCGAAGCCGACUAGACAACAUAUACAAGAAAAAGGAAUUCAUACCGUAGAAGUUCAGUUUUACUUGAUCUGAGAAUCUGACUAUGUUCCCCUCGUUUCGCCCCUGUCGGGAACAUGUCACGUUUAGAAGAUUAUGAUGCAGUGGUUCAUCUCGAUGCUCUAUCUGUCUUUGCAACGAGCAAAUGAGACCGUAAAAGUUACUUCCAUUACAUAAUUUGCUACUUCUAAACUUA